CGCUAGGGGGCGGGGGCGCGGAGCCACGCCCGGGCGCGGAGGUUGGGCCUGCAGGUGCGCUCGGGCGGGCGGAACUGGCCGCGAGGGCGAGGGCGGGGCCGGGGACCAGGUAGAGCUGCCCCGCGGCGAGGCGCUGAGGGACCGGAUGAAGUGUCGCCGCCUCUGCAGUUUCGACGCAGCCCGGGGCCCCCGGCGGCUUAUGCGCGUGGGGCUCGCGCUGAUCCUGGUGGGCCACGUGAACCUGCUGCUGGGGGCCGUGCUGCACGGUACUGUCCUGCGGCACGUGGCCAAUCCCCGCGGCGCCGUCACCCCGGAGUACACCACCGCCAAUGUCAUCUCCGUGGGGUCCGGCCUGCUGAGUGUUUCCGUGGGACUUGUGAGCCUCUUGGCAUCUAAGAACCUACUUCGCCCACGACUGCACUGGGCCCUGCUGGCACUAGCUCUGGUGAACCUUCUCUUGUCUGCUGCCUGCUCCCUGGGCCUCCUCCUCGCUGUGUCACUCACUGUGGCCAAUGGUGGCCGCCGUCUUAUUGCUGACUGCCAUCCAGGACUGCUGAAUCCUUUGCUACCACUGGACCAGGGGCCUGGACACACUGACUGCCCUUUUGAUCCCACAAGAAUCUAUGAUACAGCCUUGGCUCUCUGGAUCCCUUCUUUGCUCAUGUCUGCAGCAGAGGCUGCUCUGUCUGGUUAUUGCUGUGUGGCUGCACUCACCCUACGUGGGGUUGGGCCCUGCAAGAAGGAAGGGCUACAGGGGCAGCUGGAGGAACUGACAGAGCUUGAACUUCCUAAAUGUAAAAGGCAGGAAAAUGAGCAGCUACUGGAUCAAAAUGAAGAAACCCAGACAUCACAGAAAAGUUGGGCUUAAGGACAGCAGGUGCUGACCCAGAUGCUCAGUCCACGAGGGUUUUUCACUCACUUCUAGGAUGAUAUAAACAGGUGUAAUAAAAGAACUUUUUUCCUCUA